CGAGAGAGAGAGAGAAAGAGAGAGUGAGUGAGGGAGUAAGUGAGUCGAGUAUCUACAUCUGCAUCGCCCAUCUCCAAGUCAGGAGUGCUGCCCGUUCUGCCCUCGUUCACCCCCCUCCCCCCUUACAGGCGCGCGUGGCCUUGACCGCAAGACCGCGCCCUCGUCGCCUGCCUGCGCCUACGCCGACAUCUCGUGAAACGUUGCCUUGCGUCCCUCGUCGCACCGGACAUCGAGCAGCCACCUUUCACCUGCACAUGCUGCUGCGCUCUUCAUAACAUACCACGAUAGCUGCUCAUGACAGCAGCUUCUUGACUUCGCCAUGGUGUCAGCGGUAGCAUGGGCGGUCCUUGCCCAGGUACUCAAGCGAGAUGCAGUCGACGCAGACCCGGACGAGGAGCCCGAGGCAGGACAGAAGGAGAUAUUCACAUCAUGGGCCUUGUCCAUCCUCAUCAUGUUGCUUAUAAUAGCCCUGUUCACAAGCUACAUACUGCAUACGCGUAAGAUCCAAGCUGUCCACGAGACCGUCUUGUCCAUCUUUGCCGGUAUGGUUGUUGGUCUCAUACUACGAUUGACAGCCGUGGCAUCGGUACGAGACGCGGUGAGCUUCGACUACCAGAUGUUCUUCAACCUACUACUACCCCCCAUCAUUCUCUCCGCAGGCUAUCAACUACACCAAGGGAACUUCUUCCGACACAUUGGCACCAUUCUUACCUUUGCCUUUGCCGGAACCUUCAUCUCAGCCCUGGUUCUCGGUCUCAUCCUAUUCUUGUGGACCAGAAUACCCCUCGAUGGCUUCAAGAUCAACUUUGUCGAAGCCAUGUCAGUUGGUGCGACGCUCUCGGCCACCGAUCCAGUCACAAUCCUGGCCAUCUUCGACACGUACAAGGUGGAGCCAAAGCUGUAUACCCUCAUCUUUGGCGAGUCCAUCCUCAACGACGCAGUUGCCAUUGUCUUGUUUGAGACGGCGCAAAAGUACAAGGAUGGCGCCGAGUCGCUGGGCAUUGUUAGUCUAUUCGAAGCCUUUGGCAUCUUCUUUGGCGUCUUCUUCGGAAGCCUGUUCAUCGGUGUCAUGGUGGGCAUCGGCGUUUCACUCAUGCUCAAAUUCACCUAUGUGAGGCGCUUUCCGAAGACAGAGACAUGUCUCAUCAUUCUCACCGCAUACUUGACAUACUUUCUCUCCAAUGCCAUUCACAUGUCGGGUAUCGUAUCACUGCUCUUUUGCGGCAUCUGCCUAAAGCACUAUGCCUACCACAACAUGUCUCGACGCACCCAGUUGUCCACCAAGUUCGUGUUCCAGGUCACUGCGCAAUUGUCUGAGAACUUCAUCUUCAUAUACCUCGGACUCUCCCUAUUCACAGACGACAAACUUGACUACAAGCCCCUGUUCAUUCUGAUUACAGUGGCGGGGAUUUGUGCAGCUCGAUGGUGCGCCGUCUUUCCCCUGUCCAAGAUCAUCAACGCCGUGACGAGGUAUCGCCAGAAGCGGCGUGGAGAAGAACUGGUGGAGGAGAUUCCUUACGCGCACCAGGCCAUGAUCUACUGGGCGGGUUUACGAGGUGCUGUGGGCGUUGCGCUUGCCGCAGGCCUCACAGGCAACAACGGCGAUACCCUUCGCGCUACCGUCCUCGUCGUAGUGGUCUUGACUGUUAUCAUCUUCGGUGGAACUACAGCGCGCAUGUUGGAGAUUCUAGGCAUCCGCACCGGCGUAGUAGAAGAAAUCGACAGCGACGACGAGUUUGACAUUGAAGUCAUCAACGGCGGCACCUACACACGACACAAAGGCCAAGCCGUUGGCCACACGCCGCAACCCAGUCAAAAUGGGUUCAAUCUGAACAACGUAAACGGGCCACCUAGUACUUAUACCAGUGGCUCAUUCAACCGGAACAGUCCACCUACGCGCCCCAACGGCCUGGCUACGCACAGGAAUUCCAGCCGUCAACGGCGACUCGAUGGCGCAGAUCAAGGCCUUCUCAGUCCUGCCGACAGCGUUUCGGGCGAUGAGGACGACAAUGAUCUGGACUUGCCGCCUAGCGCACGCCGCUCACCAAACCGCAACCCGUCGCCCUUGGGCCUAGCAGCAGACGCUUCUCCCUAUCCGACGUCGGGUAAUAGACCAGGAGAAUCUGGCGCAGCCGAAGGUUCAAGCAGGAUGGCGACGGCGACAGGUGCUGUGAAGCAGCUGUUCAAUGAAAUCAGUCUUGAUCCAGCGAAUGCGUUCAAGCAGAUUGAUGAUGGGUUUUUGAAGCCGCAUCUAUUGCUAGAUUCUGGAAAGGGUCCAGGGCCAAAUAAUGUCUGAAAGUAGGGUUGGGAUGAGAGCGACAACAUAGCAUUCGCGGCGUUUAAGAGUAUUUAGGAUAUCACAUUGCUGUUUCUUGGUUCUACAAGAUCGGAAACCUGGCUCAAUGAUAAGCCACGGUCCUUGGCGUUAUUGGUGUAUACAAUUUGUAGCAUUACAGCUAGAGGAAUGAUCAGGAUCAUAACCAAACUCAACCUGCACUUAGCAGCGCCGUGUAGCAUUGUGAGAUGAUGCGAGUGGUGCAAUGAAAGUCCACCGCACUC